UUUAGGCUCGUAUUGUCUGUCAACACAGGUGGUGGCGGGAGGCCUCAUCUCCAUCCAAUCCCAGGAUCGUUGUCACCCCAAAAUUAACAACUACUCUUUUCCAAAUUGGUAGGCACGCAGGGCCUAGCCCCGCCGAUGGUCCUAAUAACGAGAACAGCGAGUGGUCGUGGGUAGGCAGGUGUAUAGGAGUGCUGGCACCUCAGUAGAGGGCAAGAGCUGUACACAUAGCAAGUGUCAUCAAGAAGGGACUAGAGAGGACUGCAGGAGGAACAUCAAUCUUCACGCCAACUGCACCUUACAUUAACAACACGGAUUGAAGUUGGAAAGAGAUCAUCUUGUUUGGCAUCAGUGAGGGAUCAUCAGCAAAAAAAGUAGUACAAGUCACAGGCAAAAUGAGUGAAAUAGCUCGACUUGAGCGUGAAAAGCGCCGUGCAGAGAACAAGAACAACCUCCGUGAAGUUGCUAACCUCUCAAACCUUCUCGGUCAGGAGUUGCAAAAAGCUGGAGAUUACGAGGGAGCUUUAGCUCAACACCGAGAGGAAGGAGCACUGUGUGAAUCUUUAGGAGAUACUAUAGGAGUUGCAGUUUCCCACCGUCGAAUGGGAGAAGUUUACUGUGAAAUGGGACAGUGGAAAAAAGCUCUUCAGCACCAACAUCUACAUUUAUCACUGGCUAAGGAAGUGAAGAGUAUAGUUGAGAAGCAACGUGCUUAUGCUACAAUUGGCCGCACUCAUCUGCAGAGAGCUGAGGAAUGUGGAGCACGUGGACAAGAGGAAGAGCAGGCUACAGCUCUGUCUGAAGCUGAGAAAGCAUUUCUGCAAUCUCUUUCAACAUGUGAGCAUCUCAGAGGAGCUGUUGAUGCUCAGGAGCACAGUCAGAUGCGUUGUCGACUGUAUUUAAAUUUAGGGUUAGUGUUAGAUUAUCGAGGAAAUACCAAUAAAGCUCGUGACUUCAUCGGUCAGGCUUUAGAUCUUUGUACCAGUCACAGCCUUUAUGAAGAUGCCCAGAGAUGUCAUUCUGCACUGGGAGUUAUCCUCCUCCGAGAAGGUAUCUUAACAGAAGCACUACAAGAAGGUAAAAAAUCUUUGGUUUUGUCAACAAAGCUUCAUGAUAAAGUUCUACAGUGUGAAGGCCAUUCAUUUCUAGCACAGGUUCAUCUUGCUAACACGGACUAUGAAGCAGCAAAACGUUGUUUGUAUAAAGCUUACAAGCUGAAACAUCCACACUUGGAAGAUAGACAGCGUAUUGAAAAGAAUCUGAAAACUGUAGUUGAUCUCUGCUCAGCUGAAGAUAAUCUACUAACUUGUGGGGAAGCUGAGGGAGAUGAAAAGAUAAAGUUAUAUGAAAAAUUAGGUGAUGGAUCGGCAAAUCUUUGUCUCUAUUCUCAGGCUCUGGAGUAUUACCAUAAAAUGCUGAAUCUAGCUCUGAAACUGGAUAAAAAUUCAUCGUUCCUUGCUCCUGUGUAUUUAUCAUUAGCACAAACUUAUUCUGAUAAUAAACAAUACAAGGAAGCCAAGUCUUACUACAUGAAAGAAUUUGACAUAAAAGUUAGUGAAGAUUACAGUGAGGCUUGUAAAACACUGAUCAAUGUAGCAGAUACCUGUGAAGCAUUAAAAGAAAAAUAUGAGACAGUUAGCCUAAUAUACCAACAAGCUAAGGAAUUGGCAAUGAAAGCUAAGAAUCGUAAACUUGAAGCUUAUGUUUUACAUUUGCAUUCUUCAUUGGAGGGGAUCCCUGAAUCGGUGAAAAGGGAACUUGAAGAAGAGAAGAAUAGGCUUAUUGAAGAAAAUGACCUUGAUCCAGAGCUGGAGUUAAGUGAAGAAGAGAAUGAAAGUGAAGAUGAGAUUGAUCUGGACUUGAUAUACAUUUCUGAUAGUGACACCGAACAGGAGAAUUUUGAUAGACCUCGACAAUUACGUCAGAAGAAAUCAUUUGCUGUCAAGAGAAAUGAGAAAGGGGAGACUCCAUUACACAAAGCUUGUAUAGAUGGUAACCUAAACAUGGUAAAAAAACUUCUUCAGCAGGGUCACCCAGUGAACCCAAGAGAUAAUUGUGGCUGGCUUCCUAUCCAUGAAGCUGCAAAUCAUGGUUUCCAUGAUAUUGUUCUGUCUUUGAUAGAAGCUGGUGCCUGGAUCAGUGAUCGUGGGGGACAACAGUGUGAUGGCAUUACUCCUAUCCAUGAUGCUGCAUCCUGUGGAAAUUUGGAAGUUGUAAGGUUAUUGAUGAACCGAGGAGCAUCAGUUAUAUCCAAGACUGAUGAUGGUGAUACGCCCCUUGAGAGCCUGGUCAAGUAUCGUAUGAGGACAAACCUAUCACAGUGUGAAAAAGAUGAAUGUUUUAUUUUAGAGAACGAGUUAAAGGAAAGAAUGGAAUUAGCUGGGCAUAAAAUACCAGAAAUAACUCAUGACAAUUCCACUAUAGAUGAGAAUGAAAAAAAAGAAUCUCGUAGGUUGCAGAGAAACCAGAGUGAUGGAGUGACAUCUUCAUAUUCAAGGAGGAAAGCAAAUGGUAUUAAAAGUGAGUUGUACUCAAAAAACAGAUCACCAGGAGAUACAACUGAAUCUUAUUCACGGCGAAGUUCAGCCAAAGACGUUGUGAAAUCUUCCUCAGAUGAGAAAAGGCUAAGCUCUAGAGGUAUUAGUGAUCUUGAGGGGGAUAGUGAAGAUGAUUUAACCAAUGUAUUAUGUAAUUUGGCAGAGGCAACAGGACCAAUAGAAUCUUUAUCCGACAAGGAUAAUGUUGGCAUUGAUAAGGAGGAUUUUUUUAACCCUUUGUUAGAAGAUCUGCAUGACGAACAGAAAUCUGCUACUGGUACAUAUGCGAGUGCAAUAAGCAGUGUGGGUAGUGCUGCACAUAGAGCAGACUUCCAGAGAAGUUCCAGUGCACUGAUGCUCAGGAAAGAUAAAAAAGUUGCUCUUGUUGCAGAAGAGGAGGAUGUUGGAGAUAAUUGGCUUGAUGAUGAUUUAGGUAUCUUCACUAAAAAAAGGAAAAGGAUGGAAAAAUUGGAGUUUGAAUAUAAGGAACCAAGGAAUAGUAGAAAUAGUUUGUCCAAAAAUAUUUCAAGGAUACAAAAUCAUUCUCGUUCGAAAAAGAUACGGCAGAUGACGUUAACGUCACUUGUCGAAAGAUAUCCAAGUAAUAUUCCUGAGAGAACUGGUAUUUCAGAUAAACAUGAGAAUGAAACUGUGGUUGGGAUACCUGAAAAUCAUGUAAAUACAGCAUCAGAGACAAAUAUUGCUGCAGAUCUGCCAUCCAGAAGUAACAGUGGGAGUCCUAAUAACAAUAUUAUUGGGACACAAUCUGUGGGUGGCAGUGCACUUCGCUUAAGAGUUCGGGUGCAGAAUCGAGUGUUACUGGUGCCUGUGGCAGGUGGUGGUUUGGGCCGCACUGUAGGAUGGCUGGCAGAGGAGGUUACUCGCAGAUACUACCAACUAGCAGGGUUGCGUCCCCAUCUCACUCUAACUACACAAGAUGGAGCUGUUCUUGAUGCUAAUGAUCCAAUAACUCUUGUCCUUCCCACAGAACAGAUUGAACUGCAAGCACAAAUUAAGGGAUGGGAUCUUCCACCAUUAUCAGACCGCUAUACUCAGGCUUGCCAAGCUCUUGGAUGUACACCUAUAUCAUCUCUGAACUCGAUUCUUCAUCGUACAGAAGCUUCAACCACUCUAGAUCUAAGUCGUGCUGGACGGUUGACAGUAGUACAGCUGCAACCUGUUCUAAGGGCUGUUCAGUGUCAGCAAAAUUUGCACUGCCUCAACAUUGCAAAUUGCCGUCUUGGAGACGAUGGUUUCCAUCAUUUAAUGGAGGCUUUACCCUCAUUGCCAGCCUUAGAAAUUUUAGAUCUUAGAUCCACAGCUUUAACAACAUCUAGUCUUUUUGAACUUACUGAAGCAAUCACUGCAAAUAAGAUUUUAAAAACACUCAGUUCUCUUGACCUCAGUUACAACACCUUUCCUGGAGUUAAAGUGUCACAUAUAAAAACUCUAUUUAAUCUACCUUCACUUAGUGUUUUAUCAUUAAAGCAUUGUUGUCUGUCACUGACUGGAGAGCAGCAGCUGCCUGUAGUCACUUCCUCUCUCAAAUCUUUAGCUUUAGAUUAUAAUACCAUUUGCAGUGUUGCCUUAGCUUCUCUGUUAUCCUGUUUGCCUCAGAUCUCGGUUAUAACUCUGAGUGGAUUAAACUGCAAGAAAGACAAACCUUCAGAAGCAAGUACUCGUCUAGGCGUGGCUCUAUCUGGGGUCUUGGGUGCUGGGGAGGAGUGUCGGGUACAACACCUUGAUUUGAGUUCGUGCAACCUAGUAGAUGCUGACCUGGAGGACAUAUCGGCUUAUUUGUACCGGUGUCCUCUCUUAACCUCCAUUAACUUGGCCCAUAAUCCACAUCUUACGUCCUCAUCUAUCAGUGCCCUUCUCAAUGAACUCACUACAAAUAUUAUCCUUCCUCUCUCAACCCUGAAUCUUCAUGGAAACAAAUCUCUCUCCUCUGAUCUGACAGGCAAGCUAGCUUCUGCUCUACAACACAAAGCUGCCACAACGCAUCCCAUAACAAAUCUUUCCUUAUCAGUUGACGACACAGGUACUGUGAUACAAGACCUCUGGAAAUCUCAGUACCAACAUAAUGCAUCCAUUAGAAGAAUUGGGGAGGAAAUGUUUCUUUCAUGUAGUGGUAAAUAAUUUUUUAAUAUUGUAAACUCACCAGGUAUAUAAGAACUUGAAAAUGUGAUCACAAGGCUGAAAAAUACUGGAGUUUGACAUUGUAGAAGAAAAUUUGCACUAUACUGCAUUCUUUUUUAAAUAUCCAUUUUAUACAGAUUAUUAGUUUAAUUUUGCAUAAUACAUGCUAAUAAUGAUA